UGUGGCUCAAUUAACAAGCUCAAACAGACCUUGUGAGAACUAGAGGAAGAAUGCUCCUGGCUGCUUUGUACUGCCUGCUCUGGACUUUCCAGACUUCCGCCGGACACUUCCCUCGAGCCUGUGCCUCCUCCAAGAACCUGAUGGAGAAGGAAUGCUGCCCACCCUGGGGAGGUGAUGGGAGUCCCUGUGGCCAGCUCUCAGGCAGGGGUUCCUGUCAGGACAUCAUUCUGUCCAAGGCACCCCUGGGACCUCAGUUCCCCUUCACCGGGGUGGAUGAACGGGAGUCUUGGCCCUCCGUCUUUUACAACAGGACCUGCCAGUGCUUUGGCAACUUCAUGGGAUUUAACUGUGGAAGUUGUAAGUUUGGCUUUCAGGGACCCAACUGCACAGAGAGGCGACUUUUGGUCAGAAGAAACAUCUUUGAUUUGAGUGUGCCAGAGAAGAACAAAUUUCUUGCCUACCUCACUUUAGCGAAACAUACUACCAGCCCAGACUUCGUCAUCCCCACAGGCACCUAUGGCCAAAUGAAUAAUGGAUCAACACCCAUGUUUAGUGACAUCAACAUUUAUGACCUCUUUGUCUGGAUGCAUUAUUACGUGUCUAGGGACACACUACUUGGGGGCUCUGAAAUCUGGAGAGACAUUGAUUUUGCUCAUGAAGCACCAGGUUUCCUGCCUUGGCAUCGACUCUUCUUGCUGGUAUGGGAACAAGAAAUCCAGAAGCUGACAGGGGAUGAGAACUUCACUAUUCCAUACUGGGAUUGGCGAGAUGCAGAAAAUUGUGACAUUUGCACAGAUGAGUACAUGGGAGGACGCAACCCUGCAAACCCUAAUCUACUCAGCCCAGCAUCCUUCUUCUCCUCUUGGCAGAUCAUCUGCAGCCGACUGGAGGAGUACAACAGCCGUCAGGCUUUAUGCAAUGGGACUCCCGAGGGACCUCUACUGCGCAAUCCUGGAAACCACGACAAAUCCAGGACUCCAAGGCUCCCCUCCUCAGCCGAUGUGGAAUUUUGCCUGAGUCUGACCCAGUAUGAAUCAGGUUCCAUGGAUAAAUCUGCCAAUUUCAGCUUUAGAAAUACACUGGAAGGAUUUGCUAGCCCACUGACUGGGAUAGCAGAUGCCUCUCAAAGCAGUAUGCACAAUGCCCUGCACAUCUACAUGAAUGGAACCAUGUCCCAGGUACAGGGCUCUGCCAACGAUCCCAUUUUCCUUCUUCAUCAUGCAUUUGUUGACAGUAUUUUUGAACAGUGGCUUCGAAAGCACCACCCUCUUCUUGAAGUGUAUCCGGAAGCCAAUGCACCCAUUGGACACAACCGGGAAUCUUACAUGGUUCCAUUUAUACCUCUCUACAGAAAUGGUGACUUCUUUAUUUCAUCCAGAGAUCUAGGCUAUGACUACAGCUACCUACAAGAUUCAGAACCGGACUUUUUUCAAGAUUACAUUAAGCCCUACUUAGAACAAGCAAGUAGGAUCUGGCCAUGGCUCCUUGGGGCAGCCGUGGUAGGGUCUGUCCUCACUGCGGUGUUGGGAGGAAUCACAAGGCGGUUAUGUUGUCGUCGAAAGAGAAAGCGGCUUCCUGAAGAAAAGCAGCCACUCCUUAUGGAAAAGGAGGAUUACGACAGCUUGUUGUAUCAGAGCCAUUUGUAACAGGCUUUGGCCAUAGAGGAGGACCUGACCUCACUCUAGCUUAAUGGUGUUCAAGUCCCCAGAAGGUGUCCCAGCAGAAACACAGCAGAUGAUCAGCACUGUAAUGAAAGGCAAAGCGGACUCCUCCUUCAACUCAGGUAGACCCCACCUGUGCUUGCUUUGUUUGUAUUCUGAUCAUCCCUUUUGCAGUUUUCCUCAAAGCCCCUGUUUCCAAAGAAAGGAUGCCAUUUGGUAAUGAAUAACUCUUAGUUGUAUUCUGAAUGAAAGUGCUCUCAUAAAAUAUGGAAACAAUUUUGAUUA